AUGCUUGGCAAAAGAGGGCUAAAGCGAAUAGAUAAACGAAACACGCGCGGAAUGCGCUGUGCAAUAGGUUCUGCGUCACACAACGCGAGCACUUGGCAACCUGCUGGAGAAGCAUCUGAAGAGUAUAUUGAUAAUACUAAAAGACCUACUGUGGUGCAGCGGCUGGCGCAGUACGAGCAGUUCUUCCAGGCGCUGCAGGACGCGCGGUCGCACGCCCAGGCCGACCCCCUCGAGGCGCGCGCGGAUGACGCCGCGGCCAACAGCGCCCCCGCGCACGCCGUCGGACGCGUGCGCGCGCGCGCCAAGCAGGCGCUGAGGCGCGGCCAGGUGGCGAGCGACCUGGAACGGAUCCAGGAUCUCUUCCCGCACGACGACCUGCGCCUGCACGACCGCGAGGCCCUCACCAUGGUGAGUACCUGUAGCGCGCUGCCUGAAGGACAGCCACCAGCUGCCUGCGCGCGCAGAAGGGGAGGAGCUGUAUGUUAA